AAGCGAGGGAGGGGCGGGAAAGUGGAGAGGCUCUUUUCCUCUCUGUUUGGGGUGGUGGACGAGGAGGGCUUUGCUUCUGAAUCGCCCAAGAGGACAGGAGGCGCUUCAGGCAGUCCCCAAGAGAAGAGGAGGGAGAUGGAAGAGGAACCGUAAGGACCUGGAGUUGGCAAGAGAUCAAGGGAAAGUCCUCAUCCCUCGCAGGCUGUUGAAUCCUGGGAAAGAGCUGUGCCAGAAAUCCUGUCACAGGACACGAUGACUGCAGAUGGACGCAACCGAUGCUUCCGGCAAUUCCACUACCAUGAGGCCGAUGGACCCCGAGAGGCUUGCAGCCAUCUCCAUGGACUUUGCAGGCACUGGCUGGAGCCUGAGAGGCACACCAAGAAACAGAUCCUGGACCUGGUGAUUCUGGAGCAGUUCCUGGCCAUCCUGCCCCAGGAAAUGCAGCGCUGGGUGAGAGAAUGUGAGCCGGAGUCCAGUUCGCAGGCAGUGGCCCUGGCUGAAGGCUUCCUCCUGAGUCAGGCAGAGGAGAAGAGGCAGGCAGAGCAGAUGUGGGGACCAGCUGUAAAGAUGGAAGCGACGUUCUCUGAGGCAGAAGGAGCUCUGUCAGAGGAAAGUCAGAGAGCGCAGGCCCAGAAGCAUGCCCAAGAUGCCCUGUCAUGUGGCAGUGAAGAGAUGUCGUCAAGCCAUCAUCUUUCCAGUGGAGUGCAAAUUUCUGCUCCCCCUCUUGUCCAGGUGGCCGUGAAUUUCACUGAGGCUGAGUGGGCCUUGCUGGAUCCAGGCCAAAAAACUCUGUAUAGGGAGAUCAUGUUGGAGAACUAUGGGAAUGUGGCCUGUCUGGGGAAUGAUCAGCAGAACGAGGAAGAUGAGGUACAGCAUCGUUUAUCACCAGAUGAAAUCCAGAAUGAAGACCUUGUUCAGCAACAAAUGAUCCAUUCAGGAGAGAAGCACUUUAUCUGCUCAGAGACUGGAAUGGUGUUCUCUGCUGGAAGAAAGCAUAAUGUACACUUCCCAAAACCCAGCAUAAUGAGCAUGCAUAGAUGUUUUAAUUGUGGACAGUACUUCAGAUAUAGAUCACAUCUGAUUGUGCACCAAAAGGACCACAGAGGGGAGAAGCCCUUUGAAUGCACAGAGUGUAGGAAGAGAUUCAGUUCUAGUGGCCAUUUUAAAGAACAUCAACAAACCCACAUAGAUGAGAAGCCUUUUGAAUGCUCUGAGUGUGGGAAGAGAUUCAGUUCCAAUAGCCUUCGAAGACAUCUAAGAACCCACUCAGAGGAGAAGCCCUUUGAAUGCUUAGAGUGUGGAAAGAAAUUCAGUUCCAGUGGCCAUCUUAAAGAACAUCAACGAACCCACACAGGGGAGAAGCCUUUUGAAUGCUCAGACUGCGGGAAGAGAUUCCGUCGGAGUACCACUCUUCAAGAUCAUCAACGAACUCACUCAGGGGAGAAACCUUUUGAAUGUUCAGAGUGUGGAAAGAGAUUCAACCAGAGGAGCCAUCUUCAGAACCAUCGAGUAAUCCACUCAGGGGAGAAGCCCUUUGAAUGCUCACAGUGUGGGAAGAGAUUCCGUCGGCGUGACACUCUUCAAAACCAUCAACGAACCCACACAGCAGAGAAGCCCUUUGAUUGCUCAGAGUAUGAGAAGAGAUUGAGUCUCAGUGGCAGUUUUCAGCAGCAUCAACAGACCAACACAGGGGAGAAGCUUUUUGAAUGUUCAGAGUGUGGGAAGAGAUUCAUGCACAGUGGCACUCUUAAACAGCAUCAACGAACCCACACAGGGGAAAAGCCUUUUGAAUGCUCAGAGUGUGGAAAGAGAUUCAUUCGGAGGAGCUAUCUUCAGAACCAUCAAGUAACCCACUCAGGGGAGAAGCCCUAUGAAUGCUCAGAGUGUGGGAAGAAAUUCAGCCAGAAUGGCCAUUUUCAAGAGCAUCAACGAACCCACACAGGAGAGAAGCCUUUUGAAUGCUCAGAAUGUGGAAAGAGAUUCCGUCGGAGUGACGGUCUUCAAGAGCAUCAACGAACCCACACAGGGGAGAAGCCCUUUGAAUGCUCAGAAUGUGGGAAGAGAUUCAGGCACAGUAGCACUCUACAACGUCAUCAAAUAACCCACACAGGGGAGAAUCCUUUUGAAUGCUCAAAGUGUGGGAAGAGAUUCAGUCAGAGUGGUGCUCUUCAACAACAUCAACAAACCCACACUGAGGAGAAUAAACUGCAGAUGUUUGAGAGCCUCAAGACAUGAACAGAUAUUACACACAUGUUCUGUAGGCAUUUUGGCCUGCUACUAUUUCUAUCCAUUUCAGUUCCAAAAUAUUUGAGUGCCUUUAAUGCAUCUCAUUGUUUUCAGCAGUACUAUGAUUUGUUUAAUGAGCUUUCCGGCCCUCCCCUGGUGUUUCAGAGGCAUUUUUGGACUAUAAAGGGUUAAUAAAUGCAUGAUAUCUUUGUAUUUUGAUUUCCAGAAUAUUAUUCUGGAGCGCCUUUAAUGCACCUUACUGUUUUUAGUAGUACUAUUCUUUGUUUAAUGCUUUAAGGUUGCCAAUCCCCAGUUGGGUGGCAAGAGUAAACCCUAAGGUUCUAUGAUGACUAGCCUCUAUAUCUCUUAACACAAUUUUUGAUCAUAAACCUCUUUAUAUUCUUUGAAACAUUCUCACAAAACAUUAUUCCAAAUCAUAUACUGAUAAAUAGAACACCCUUAGUGAACAAAAAGGAAGAACAUAGGCUUUAAAAGUUCAGAGUAAACUGUCUCAUAAGAAUAAAGUUCCGUCCUUCCAUAUAUUAAAGGGAAUCCUCGGUCCGCUUGCUCCUGAGGAGACCCGACGAUGUCUCUUGAAGAUUCAGCUUUAGAUGUACACAGCCCAACACAGUGAUGAGAUUGUACUUUGUUUUCCCCGUUUCACCAAAGGCUUUGACCAGCUUUUUACAAUUUCAUCAGAGCACAGGCAAGAUUCCAACUCUUCUCCAUCAGAACAUUCUCAACUUUCAAAAUAAGUCUUGCCUAAGUUGAGAAUGUUCUGAAGGAGAAGAGUUGGAAUCUUGCCUGUGCUCUGAUGAAAUUGUAAAAAGCUGGUCAAAGCCUUUGGUGAAACGGGGAAAACAAAGUACAACCUCGUAGCUGUGUUGGGCUGUGUACAUCUCAAGCUGAAUCUUCAAGAGACAUCGUUGGGUCUCCUUAGGAGCAAGCGGACCGAGGAUUCCCUUUAAUAUACGGAAGGACAGAAUUGUAUUCUUAUGAGACAGUUUACUCUGAACUUUUAAAGCCUAUGUUCUUCCUCUUUGUUCACUAAGGGUGUUCUAUUUAUCAGUGUAUGAUUUGGAACAAUGUUUUGUGAGAAUGUUUCAGAGAAUAUAAAGAGGUUUAUAAGGAUCAAAAAUUGUGUUAAGUGAUAUAGAAGCUGGUUAUCACAGAACCUUAGGGUUUACGCUUGUCACCUUUUGGUGUGAUUCUCUGUGUGUUGCUCAAUCCCCAGUUGGGGGCAAGGGAUCCCCCGGUUUGGAGGCUCUCCCCCCACUUCAGAGCUAUCAGAAAGAAGCAGGGGAGGGAAAUGUCUGCUGGGCACUCCAUUAUACCCUAUGGAGACCAAAUCCCUUAAGGUAUAAUGGAGAAUUGAUCUGUGGGUAUCUGGGAUUCUGGAGUAGCUGUUUUUUUUAUAUCUGGUAUCCAUUUUCAGCAUAGCCCCCAAUUUUCAAAACAAUAUGACACAGUGUGGGCACAUCAAAGAAGGAGGCUCCACCACAAACGCCAGCCUUGCUAGCUUUUGACAUAUUUCCAGCAAGUUGUACUGAGAGAAGAAGAUUCCAGAAGGAAGCUCUGUGGGCCCAGAGCUUUGGACUUCAUGACAGAGGUUUGGGCUUCAUGAUUUCCUUACAGAGCACACAAAAAGCUGGAAAGAGAAUGAGUUAGUUAUUUGUAAACUGUAUAGCCAUUGGAACUAGUGACUGUUAAGGUGCUAUUUUCAAUCUUCCUCUUCCAACUAAGGUUGCCAGAUGUCAGAAAUUCACCUGUACAGUUCAGUAUUUUCUCGGGGGCGGGGGGAAUGAAAAAAAUACUGGAUGUUUAAAUGUCUGGUUGCUGCUUCGCACUUUUUCUGGGUGCUUCCCCCUCCCCGCCCCGUGCAAACAGUGUGCGUCAUGCUGUUUGCACAGGGAGGGGGGGUGCCUCCGUGUUUCUCUUUCUUUUUAAAUAUCUGGUAACCCUACUUCAAACUAGCAGUGAGAGGUGGAAUGGAAGUUUUCCCUCUCAAGAGUUCCAAACAACCACGAUCAUGUUUGGGAGCAAGUGCGUUCUCACUACAUGCAUAACAACACCUUGGCUAGAGUGGCUGUAUGUUGGGUUAUACCUGGAGAUUUGGGGGGUUGCAUCUCAGGAUGGUAUAAUGCCAUGGAGUCUACCAUACAAAGCAACCAUUUUCUCCAAAGGAACUGACCUUUGUAUCCUGGAGAUCCACUGUAAUAGCAGGAAUUCUCCAGGCACCACAUGGAGGUUGAAAUCACAGAGGGAAUUACAGAAAAGGACUAUCGCAAGAAGCAAAAACCCCAUGAAAAUUAACUUAUACAGUACUUGAACUAUUUUCAACUUAUAUUAAUUGUAUUGAAUCAAUAAAGAAGCCUUUAAUGUCAAA